CAUGUAGAUGAGCCCCACGCGCCACCAGCCGUGCACCAGCUCCAACAGCAGUCCCAGGAUUGUUUGCAUCACCAGGUUCAUCGUCAGGUGCAUGUAGCUGAAGGAGGGAGGCAGUGCGUGAUAAUGAGGCAGCGUGGCAGUGGCCAGGCUGAGGGCGGGACUAGAGAGAAGACGAAACCAAGGAGCGCCUCCGAACACAAGCAUCCACCACGUUGCCAUGGAGACGGGGACGCGGCGAGACAAGCAUGGCCACCACCAUCACCAAGUGGACACGCGAGAAGGGCGGUAGGAAGGACUUCGUCGACCCCACCCGCAGGAGUCACCAGCGCCUCCGUGUGGUCCUCUCCAGUAGCGACGCCGCCCGGAUGAGGGAAAUGGCGGAGCGCUGCCGGGAGGAGGCGGGGAGGAGGCUGGAGGACCGGGAGGAUGUCAUGGUGAGGAGAAGGAUCGAAAGGCUGCGAGCACUGCUACAUGAUGUCACGCUGGAGAAGUGUCCCUCGCAAUCUCACCCCACGUGGCUGCAGGAGGAGAAGAAACACUCGCCUCUCCAUUCCCGCGUGGACAGCAAGAGCGUGGAAGACCUGCGAGAGGAGGCAGUGAGCAGAAGCCGCGCCCUUGGGAAGGUGAGGAAGUACCUGCCGCCGCCUGCUGCUCCUAUCACGCCGCAGGAGAGAGGGGAAAGGAUACAUGCUCAGGUUUUGAAGGUGCUCCCUGUGCAGGUAAAGGAGCGACAGGAGCGGAGGCGGCAGCGGCGAGAGGAAGAUGCCAUGUGGGCCCAGAGAGUGCGGCAGAAUCAAAGGCUCUUUGAGGAGGACUUGGAGAGGGAGCGUAGAGAGAAGGAGCAGAAGAAGGAGAAAGUCAAAAAGGACCUCGAUCAGUUGUGUAAGGAGAGAGCAGGUCUGCGUCAGGAGGAGAGCGACCUCAUUCUGCGCCGCCGCCAGGAGCUGGAGAGAAGCCACCAGGUAUAUCAUCGCUACCAGCAACACCAGGACGCACAGGCUGCGAAGGAGAAGGAACGGAAACGAGAGGAACUCCUGAAGGAAAUUGAGAAAGUGAAAGCAGAGCGUCUGAAGGAGGCGGUGAGGGAGGAGCAGCUUCGGGAGGAGCAACUCAGGUACUCCGCUGUGAAGAGGGCGUUUGCAAGGCACGUGAAGCAGAAGACCCUGGACAAGAUGCAAGGGAAAAGAGGACAUCAGACAGGACGAGAGGCGCCAUUGUGAAGUUACAUCUUAUCAGUGUUUGAGAGAAGAGAGCAAUUAGACGAAGAGAAGAGGAAAAGUACUGAAAGAAAGCAAAAAGAUAAGAGAAGGCAAGGACAGAGAAAGAUCAGGUGUGGUAAACAGAGAAGGGGGAUAAAGCAUUCUCGAGAAGGAAAAAUAAAGGGUGAAAACAGAAGAAAUGAGAGAUUUUAUAAAAAAAAAAUGCUAGAGAAGGAAAGUGAAGAUAAGAUUCAAGAAGAGGCAAGAUAAGAUGAAAGAUGGAAUAAAAGAAGAAAAAAAAUGUGUAGAUAAGAAAUUCGAAAGAUAAAUGAAAAUGAAAGAGAUGACAGUUGACAAUAAUGAAGAUAGAAGAGAAGAGUGCAGAUAAGAUGAAAGGAAAGGCGAUAAGGAUGGAAGCUAAGAGGAAGAAGAGAAAAGAGAGAAAGUAAAUGACGAGAGUGAAAGCCAUAAAUGAUAGGAAGUAAGAAGGAAAAUGAUGAGAACAGGAAGUAAUUGUGAGGAAAGGAGAAUAGACGCUAAAAACAAAGAGAGAGAGAAAAUAAAACAAGAAAAGAAAUGAAGCAAGAAACGAUGGGAAUAUGGAAGAGCCCAAAAAAAAAGAAACACUUAAAAAUAAGAAAAAAUAAAAAUGGGAAGUAAAUAAAAAAAAAAACAAUAAAUAAAUCACUAGUGAAUAAAUUAACAGAAGCUAAAUGGAGAGAGAAAUGGGAGAGAGAAAAUAAUGACAGAAAAGAGCGCAACGAAAAAAAGUGUGUGUGUGUGUGUGUGUGUGUGUAGGGCAAAGGGGAAUAAGACAAAAGGAAACGAGAGAGAGAGAGAGAGAGAGAGAGAGAGAGAGAGAGAGAGAGAGAGAGAGAGAGAGAGAGAGAGAGAGAGAGAGAGAGAUGAAAGUAAAGGCAUACGAAGAAAAUGGCGAUAAAUUGAGGAAGUAAGCAAGGAGGAAAAGGUCGAGAAGUCACCGGGAAUGUAAAAAAAGUGAGUUGAAGUUGGUUCCUCAAAGUUUGUUAUACGAACGGACACUUCAAUGGCCAGAACACUCCUGACUACCUGUCCUCCACCACACCACUCGCUUGUUACGAGAGGAAAGAAAGAAAAGAGAUUAAAAGUAGGAGAAAGAGGCCAAGUAGAGAAUUAGUGAAGUGAUGGAGAGUCAAUGUACGGAGGAAAAUAAAAAGAAAAAAAAGAAAGUGAAAAGGAAGAAAUUUAAAGUUAAAUUCAACAAGGAGGUUUAAACUGAUUUACAUAUGAGAAACAUGAAAAGAGAAGAAAAAGGAAACAAGAGUGAAGAAAAAUAAAUAGUGCAAGAAGGUUUACAACAUUAAGGAUGAUAGGAAAAAUUUUAAAAAAGUAAAAAAAAAAACACCAAGGAACAAUUAACAAAAAAAAAAUAAAGAAAACAACAAAAAAAUAAAUGGAAUUGAAAAACAGUUAGGAAAAAUAGAAAAGUGAAGAAAACAAAGCCAUUAGAACAGAGCUAUUAAAAGACAGAGAGAGAGAGAGAGAGAGAGAGAGAGAGAGAGAGAGAGAGAGAGAGAGAGAGAGAGAGAGAG